GGUAGCAGGGGCCUCAGCAGGGCUGCAGGUGCAGAUGCCUUUUAUUUUUCCGUUAAGGAGGGUGGAGGUGGUGGGGAAGGAGAGGGAGAGAGUGCUGGAUUCCCACUCAGAGACUCAUCUUGCACAGGGAACUGCAAUGGAUGCUGGGUGGGAGAUGGUACUGGGACCAUUUCUUCAUGAGGGGGAUAAAUGUCCCUGUCAUUAGUUGUUAGGAUUGUAGCCAGUUGUUACUCGUUGUUAGUUGUUAUUGCUAUAGGUAAUGAAUUUAGGAGGAACUCUCACCUUCUUGGGGCUGGACCUCCGAAUGGAAAGCCACCUCAGUCCGGGCCUUCAUUCGGGAAUUUUUUUCACUUUUUUUUUUUUCUUUUUUAAGAUAGAGUUUCACUUUGUUGCCCAGGCUGGAGUGCAGUGGCACUGUCUCAGCUCACUGCAACCUCCACCUCCUGGGAUCAAGCGAUUCUCCUGCCUCAGCCUCCUGAGUAACUGGGAUUACAGGCACGUGCCACCAAAUUUUUGUAUUUUUAGUAGAGACGGGGUUUCACCAUGUUGGUCAGGCUGGUCUCAAACUCCUGACCUUGUGAUCCGCCUGCCUCAGCCUCCCAAAGUGUUGGGAUUAUAGGCGUGAGACACGGCACCUGGCUUCACUGUUCUUUUGAGAUCAUGGAAUAGGUGCCUGGAAGGGAAUAGGUGGAACAAUUCUGAGGACAGGCCAGCACAUUUUCAGGGGCCAGAGCCCAGACUGAAUGUCUAGGAUCUCAGGCCCCUGUCUCCCUCAGCUAGUCAGUCAGUGAGCCAACAAAAAUGUGCAGAGCUCCCAUUAUGUGCCAGGCAUAAGAUAUAGCAGUGAGCAAGCCAGGCAUGACUCUGUUCCCAGGUAAGUGACAGUCUAACUGCAGUAGUGUGAAGAGUUUCAGAUCCUCGUAGGCCACAGGGGAAAAACGUCCAUUUGUCUCCCCAGGAGGCUCAAUAUUGCCUGUGAGUCAAUUAUAUUAUUAUUAAUAACUACCCCUUAUUGAGCACAUAUGAUGUGUGAGGCACCAUGCAAACAUCUUGUUUGAAUCCUUAUAAUGGUGCUAAUGGAAUAAGACUCUGAAAAAUUUCAUGGGUGGCCCAGGCCCCACAGGUAGGCAGUAUUGGACCCAGGAUUCAAAUCUCUGGCUGGGGUCCCUAAAGCCCAGCCUCCCACUGACAAGAAGCUGCUAGAGCUGGUGUCCCUGGCUGCCUAGUGAAGGGUCCUGAGAAAGAUCAACCUCCAUGAGAAGUAUAGCUGCUACGGCUUGCGCUAUGGGGCCGAUGGCUUCUCUCAAGGGACUUCGAGAUGCGGCGGUUUUUAGGUGGUGCGUAAAUGUAGUUGCAUUGUCAAUAGGGACGCUAAAGUUCAUGCUACCUUUUCCAUGUUCUCUACCAGCUCCCUGCUCAGAGAUAGAGCAAUUUACACCUGCUUCCUUCCUACCCUACCCCUAGCCCACCCCCACCCUGACAAUUUCCCAUCAUCAAGGGCAGAAAGUAGAGAAGCAGACAUCUUCUAGUUCCUCCCCCACUCUUCUCUUUCCGGUACCUGUGAGUCAGCUGGGGGAGGGCAGCUCUCACCAAGGCUGAUAGUUUGGUGACCUGGCUUUAUCUACUGGAUGAGUUCCACUGGGAGAUGGAACAUAGCAUGUUUCUGUCUGGCCUGGUACUGGCUACCCUUCUCUCCCAAGUGAGCCCCUUCAAGAUACCUGUAGAGGAACUUGAGGACAGAGUGUUUGUGAGAUGCAAUACCAGCGUCACAUGGGUAGAGGGAACGGUGGGAACACUGCUCACAAAUAAUACAAGACUGGACCUGGGAAAACGCAUCCUGGACCCACGAGGAAUAUAUAGGUGUAAUGGGACAGAUAUAUACAAGGACAAAGAAUCUACUGUGCAAGUUCAUUAUCGAAUGUGCCAGAACUGUGUGGAGCUGGAUCCAGCCACCCUGGCUGGCAUCAUUGUCACUGAUGUCAUUGCCACUCUGCUCCUUGCUUUGGGAGUCUUCUGCUUUGCUGGACAUGAGACUGGAAGGCUCUCUGGGGCUGCCGACACACAAGCUCUGUUGAGGAAUGACCAGGUCUAUCAGCCCCUCCGAGAUCGAGAUGAUGCUCAGUACAGCCAUCUUGGAGGAAACUGGGCUCGGAACAAGUGACCCUGAGACUGGUGGCUUCUAGAAGCAUCCAUUACCAACUGUACCUUCCCUUCUUGCUCAGCCAAUAAAUAUAUCCUCUUUCACUCAU